CACAAUCUCUACUCUCAAAGUCUUGAGUUAUAUAAAACCCUAAAUACCUAAAACUAAAACCCUCUGUUCUCCAUCUUCUUCACAACCUUUUUGCCCCAAAAUCAAAUCAAAGAUGGUUCGAAGCUUGAAAAACCCCAAGAAAGCAAAGCGAAAGAACAAGAGCUCAAAGAAAGGAGAUGGGUCUUCUUCUUCAUCAAGCUCAAUACCUUCAGUUCCAGCAAAGGUGUGGCAGCCAGGUGUGGAUGCUUUAGAAGAGGGUGAAGAGCUUCAAUGUGAUCCUUCAGCUUAUAAUUCUCUUCAUGCUUUUCACAUUGGCUGGCCCUGCUUAAGCUUUGAUAUUGUGCGCGAUUCACUUGGGUUAGUUCGGACAGAAUUUCCGCACACGAUAUAUUGUGUCACUGGAACUCAGGCACACAAUGCUUCUAAUUCAAUUGGAAUAUUUAAAAUAUCAAACAUAUCUGGGAAACGUCGGGAACUAGUACCAAAAAAACCAUCCGAUGACACUGAUAUGGACAGUGAGAGUAGCGAUAGUGAUGAUGACGAUGCGGAGAAUGAUGGACCAAAGGCUCCAGUUUUCCAGGUGCGCAAGGUGUUUCAUGAAGGCUGUGUUAACAGGAUUCGUGCUAUGCCACAAAAGCCUCAUAUAUGUGCAUCUUGGGGAGAUACUGGUCAUGUGCAGAUUUGGGAUGUCGGCUCUCAUCUAAACGCAAUGGCGGAAUCGGAAACUAACAUAAGCAAGGAUGCUACGACAAUAAUUAAUCAACCGCCAUUAGUUAAAUUUACCGGUCACAAGGAUGAAGGUUACGCAAUUGAUUGGAGUCCUCUAGUCCCCGGCAGGCUUGUUUCUGGGGACUGCAAGAAUUGCAUCCACUUAUGGGAGCCAGCUUCCGACUCAACAUGGAACGUUGAUAGUAAACCUUUUGUCGGACAUACGGCCAGUGUUGAAGAUCUGCAGUGGAGCCCUACGGAACCGUUUGUGUUUGCGUCCGGUUCUGUUGAUAAAACUAUCGCGAUAUGGGACACGCGUAUAGGGAAAUCACCAGCAACUUCUAUUAAGGCACAUGAAACGGACGUCAAUGUUAUUUCUUGGAACAGGCUUGCAAGCUGUAUGUUGGCAUCUGGUAGCGAUGACGGGGCGUUUUCUAUUCGUGAUCUUAGAAUGCUUAAGGAAGGUGAUUCUGUUGUAGCGCACUUUCAGUACCACAAACAUCCGAUAACAUCCAUUGAAUGGAGUCCACAUGAAGCGUCCACUUUAGCAGUAUCAUCGGCCGAUAAUCAAUUGACAAUUUGGGAUCUGUCUUUAGAACGAGACGAGGAAGAAGAAGCCGAGUUUAAAGCCAAAACACAAGAGGAAGUACACGCACCCACAGAUCUGCCACCACAGCUUCUUUUUGUUCAUCAGGGUCAGAAAGACUUGAAAGAACUUCAUUGGCAUACUCAGAUUCCAGGAAUGCUCAUAUCUACAGCUGCAGAUGGUUUCAACAUCUUAAUGCCUUCAAAUAUCGAAAGUAAUCUCCCUGCUGCUAAUGGUGCUGCUUGAACGCCAUGAUCCACCACAUCACAGUAUAAAAAUGAACGUUUCGGUUAGUAUUGGAUUGAAUAUCUGAGAAGGGUAGAGUUUUUCCGUAGCUGUUGUUGGUGUCACAUUACAGAGUUCAUCACAUGAGACGUGUUAUCUGUAUCGAGUGUUGGGAAGUUUUGAGUUGUGAAAAUGGGAUUGUUUGGUGAUUUUUAUGGUCCAAGUAUACCUUCUACAUAAUAUUCUUAGACUCUUGCUUUAAUUUUAUAUGCCGUUUGCCA